UUUUUUUAACAGCCUUAUGCCCAAGGAUAAAAAAUCUUCCCUCGAAAUUAUCUUCCAACAUCUUAAUUUACAGCAAAAACCUAAACCGGAAACUUCACCAGCCAAAAUACAAAUGGAACGACCAAAAACACCCCCUUCACCUGCUCUUUCCAUUGAAACAACCAUUAGUGAGGCACAAAGCCCAGAACCCCUCCCAGAACCUAAAUCCAUUAUAAUUGUUUCUACUGAACCCAGCAAACCCAACAACGACUGUAUUGAACCAAACAACAAACGACCAAGAAUUUACCCCCCAUCAAAUACAACAACUCCACCAGCCACUAAUACAAAUGAAAAAACAACGGCUCCAAAUAAUGUUUACACAAAAAAGCACCUACUCAAUAAUUUACCGGUAGCAAAAGCCGUCCUUGUCCAUAGAGGUAAUGAGACAUUUUCCACAAAAAAUCCUCUAUUUUUUAAUUUAUCCGGCCGCUCUUAUGGUAUUCAAAAUGGUGGUUUUGGUUCUCCAAUUCGAAAUUUGGCUGCUGUUGCUCGUCCACCACCCUUAAUGUCUAUCCGCAUUCCUGGUCCACCAACAAUACAACGCCUCCCUCACCCUUACUUUAACAACAAACAUUCACCAACAUCAUACUAUUGGAAUAAAAGAAAUUGAACUUUCCGUUGCUGGGAAUGUCGUUUUACGAAUGUCUAAAAUUAAAGAAUUCCCUUUUUCUUAUUUAAAAUUUAAAACCCCUUUUUUCCAUUAAACAAAAACAUAUUUGUUUUUAUCAAAACACCUGCAUUCACUUAAAUUAAAAUGUAUUUUUUAACCGCCUUUGUUUGAUUGGUCGUUCUUUGUGCCUUUUUUUAUUUUUGUUGUCCAACCCUUUUUUUUAUAUAUCUGCUCUAUCCUUUCUGUUUUUCUUCAUUCUAAAAAUAUUCUAAAAAAAUUGCUUUUCAACUUUUGACUGAACUUUGCUUUAGCUAAUAUAUUUUUGUUGGAAAAACUUUUAAUUGCUUUUAAAUAAAAUCUUAAUUUGUUUUUGCUUAAAAUUUGUGUG